AAGGAAAAAUGAAAGAAGGGAAAAAAAAACAAACCUGUCACCUACACGUGGACCACCAGGAGAUACUUCCUCCAUCGAAACCCCCGUCGAUUCCUCCGUAAUCCGGAGGAAAAUCAAGGUUUAGUCCCAACCUGGCCUGGCCACCAUACACAGUAUGUGCGCACUGCGCAGGCCGAUGGGAACUCGGAUGUCCAACAAGGUAAGCGAUGCGAUCCAGGGCAGGCAGGCUCUGUCUGGCACGGUCGGCAGGUCGGCACUUCGGCCUCAAUGCUGCAGAUUGCCAGACUCCCCCCAUUUCCAUUUCCAGUGUUCCAUUGCCAGAAGAGGCAAAGACUACUGGGGCCCAUGGAAGAAAAAAAAGAAUAGUCAGAGAGAGCAAGAAAAAAAAGGUGCGUGGGCUGGACUGGACCCAACCACCAAAAUGGCUCCGUCGUAUCCAAGGUGGAGACUGGACCCUCCUUCGCUUUUUCUCAUGGUGAUGGGGGCAUCCAUCAUCCAAGGCUCUACAAUCCCAGCGACCAGGUCGCCCGACCCCCGAGAAAAACCUACGAUUGAGGAGGGCAGUAGGGUUCACUCGACGUGUCACGAUCUACGUACCUCGUAUCCCAAUCGGGGGAAGGGACAGCAGAGUGGCCCAGCCAGGGCCCGUCAUGGUGUUCCCUCCCCCCCCGGAGAUAAGCCAUGCUAUCCCCGGUCUUUAUCCUUCAUGACGUCCUCCACCGUUGCAAUCAGUCACCGCCUGUAACUUGCUUCUAGUCACCAUUCAGCGAUGGUCGUAGAUAAGCCUAGAUUACCGAGUCGACAGCGAGUUCACCGUACGAUCCAGGAUCAACCGAUGCAGUAGUUAUCUGUUCAUCGGCGCGACGUCAUCCUCGUCAGGUUCCUGGCGUCGGCAGUCGGGCUCCGUUGGCCGUUGGCCCUGCCGCCCUAGGCCAAAGUUCGGCCCUGGUUCGGAGCCAGCAGAAGUAGAUGGGAAAGAUUGUAUUUCAGGCAAUGUCGGAGACAUAACAUGAUAUACGGUGUUAAGACACCCGAAAACAAACACGACACAAGAUAUCCAGGAAAAAAGAAGUCAAGCCU